AGACUGAGCUCAGGGAGGAAACACGUCACAGUUCAGGACCCGUAUCUCCGCUCUGCUCGUAGUUCCGUCUCAUAACAGCAGCCGUCAGUUGCUGCUAGCUGCUGUUAGCCGCUGCUGGCUGAACAACAGCUCAGAGAUAAUCUUUAAACUCCUGAAGAAUCAAACUGAGUCUGUUAAAUAAAUUUGAAAUGAGUCCUCACAGAGUCCCGGACGGGCUGGCUGCGAACUAACACCGCUGCUGUUUGACUAGCGUUAGCUGCUAGCUCCUGCUAACAGUGCUAACCAGCUAGCUGUUGCGUUUAUGAGUCUGCUCGUUUCAUCUGGAGAAAACAUCGAUAAGAAAACGUUAACAUGGACACACAGCUGCGGGAUAAAUAACAGUCUGAGGUCUGUGAAGAAGUUGAAUCCAUCAGCUGCAGAGGUCUUCAUCGUCAUCAUCGUCAUCAUCAUCGCGGUGUCUGUCAGAGGUCAGAGGUCACAGACGGACGUCCCUUCUCUCUGAGCGACGCUCCCGGCAGCCAUGCUGACCUAGAACCAGCCUGAAGCUGUUUGUUCCUGCCGUCUGAGAACAAUAAACCACAGAGAACAUGUCUGAGAACCAGGCCAACAACAACAACGUCCCGCUCAACAACAACAACAACAACAUGGGACCCAACAGGAUCCGCAACCCCAACAUCAACCAGAACCCCCUCAUCAACGUCAGAGACCGCCUCUUCCACGCGCUCUUCUUCAAGAUGGCCGUCACCUACGCCCGACUCUUCCCUCCGUCCUUCAGGAGGGUGUUCGAGUUCUUCGUCCUGCUCAAGGCGCUCUUCGUCCUCUUCAUCCUCGCCUACAUCCACAUCGCCUUCUCCCGCUCGCCCAUCAACUGUCUGGAGGUGGUGAGGGAGCGCUGGCCUCGUGACGGCAUCCUGCGGGUGGAGAUCCAGAGGAACUCCAGCCGAGCGCCCGUCUUCCUGCAGUACUAUGACUCCACGGGCUUCCAGGAGGAGCUGGAGCCUGAGGAGGGAGGAGGAGGAGGGAAAGGAAGAGUGGCGGGGCUCAGCCUGGCAGCGCUGCAGGAGGAGGAGGAGGAUGAAGAGGAGAUGACCCUGGAGAUGUUUGAUAACAGCUCAGUGCAGUUUGAGCUGGACAUCGAGCCUCGUCUGAAGCCGUCUCUGAUUGGAGGAGGUGGAGGAGGCGGAGGAGGAGGAGGAGGAGGAGGUGUGAACGACAGUCAGGACGUCUCCUUCAGCCAGACCACUAAAGGUAUGCAGCCGCUGAAGGACUCUGUGUCUGAGCUGGAGAUGAUAACCAGAGCAGUGUGGCCUCAGGAGGAGUACAUCGUGGAGUAUUCUCUGGAGUACGGCUUCCUGCGUUUGUCUCAGAGCACCAGACAGAGACUCAACAUCCCCGUCAUGGUCGUCACUCUGGAUCCAAUGAAGGACGAGUGUUUCGGUGACGGCUUCAGUCGCUUCCUGCUCGAUGAGUUUUUGGGCUACGAUGACAUCCUGAUGUCCAGCGUGAAGGCGCUCGCAGAGAACGAGGAGAACAAAGGGUUCCUGAGGAACGUGGUGUCUGGAGAACAUUACCGCUUUGUCAGCAUGUGGAUGGCCAGAACCUCCUACCUGGCUGCCUUUGUCAUCAUGGUCAUAUUCACGUUGUCGGUCUCCAUGCUGCUCAGAUAUUCUCACCACCAGAUCUUCGUCUUCAUUGUGGAUCUCCUGCAGAUGUUGGAGAUGAACAUGACCAUCGCCUUCCCAGCAGCCCCUCUGCUCACCGUCAUCCUCGCCCUCGUCGGUAUGGAGGCCAUCAUGUCGGAGUUCUUCAACGACACGACCACGGCCUUCUACAUCAUCCUCAUCGUCUGGUUGGCUGAUCAGUACGACGCCAUCUGUUGCCACACCAACACCAGCAAACGCCACUGGCUGAGGUUCUUUUAUCUUUACCACUUCGCCUUCUACGCCUAUCACUACCGCUUCAACGGUCAGUACAGCAGCCUGGCUCUCGUCACCUCCUGGCUCUUCAUCCAGCACUCCAUGAUCUACUUCUUCCAUCAUUACGAGCUUCCCGCCAUCCUGCAGCAGAUCAGGAUCCAAGAGAUGCUGCUGCAGAACCAGCAGGGGGGUCAGGCCAACCAGACCGCCACCGCCCUGCAGGACAGCCUCAACAACAACAACAGUGCUGCAGCUGCUGCGGCUGCUGCUGCUGCUGCUGCUGCUGCAGCUGCUGCGGCUGGUGCAGGACCUCCAGGACCGGCGGACACCACCCAACCAGCACCCGCCUCCACCCCCCAGCCUCAGCCCGACCCACAGCCCUCCUCCACCUCCUCCUCUCCUGCAGCGGGCGUAGGGGAGGUGAGGUCGGAGCUGAACUGGGUGGCUCAGACGGCCGCCAUCAUCACCGAAGCUCUGUCGUCCUCCACCCAGCAGGGGGCGGCGGUGCUCGAUGGAGGAGGAGGAGGUCAGAGGUCAGCGGGAGCGACAGAGAUCAGCGUGGUGGCCGAGUUCUGGAUGGGAGGAGCAGCUGCAGCAGGUGUAGGAGGAGGAGCAGCAGGUGUAGGGGGUGAAGCUGCAGGCGUAGGGGGAGGAGGAGCAGGUGGAGGAGGAGGAGGAGCAGGUGGAGGAGGAGGAGGAGCAGGUGGAGGAGGAGGAGGAGCAGGUGGAGGAGGAGGUGAAGGGGAGCAGAGUGUAACGGUGGAUCCAAACAUAGUCUCUGUAGAAAUUAAACCCACAGCAGGAGGAGCUGAUCCUCCAGCCACGCCCCCUCCUCCUCCUCCUCCUCCUCCAAUCAGAGGGCCACAGGCGGCGGAGGCGGGGCCCUCAGAGGCGGGGCCAGCAGGUGCGGCCCCCCCACAGACAGACUGCCCCCCUUCACAGAGUUCAGGUACAGACUGGAACUGCAGAGCGCAGCAGAGCUCCUCACACACAUCCUGAGAGUCCAGGUGUCCCGCCGUGACAUCACCUCACCUGUCUGACACCUGUCAGCUGAUCAGCCUGUUUGAUCAGCUGAUCAGAGAGCGUUCAGGGUUUUCCUGUUGAUCCACAUCUGAAAGAAUUAUCUUAUCGUGUUUCCCAACCUGAGGGUGGAGACCCUCCGCAGGUGACGGAAACAGCUGCAGAGACACGAUCGGUUUAUUUUACUGUCUGUCAAUCAAAUAAUCAAUAAAACUAAAAGCAGAUAGAUGACAGAGAGGACGACUCGCAGGCAGAGCUCAAACCUUUCAUCAACUAACUCAUGAGUCGACUGACAGAAAAUUAAUCAGCAACAAUUUGAUAGUUGAUUCAUUGUUUUUCUGUUUUGUUCAGUCGGACAAACGAGACGUUUACAGAACAAAUUAUUCAUGCGACUGCUAAUAACAAUUCCAAUAAUCAAUAAGUCAUUUAAAGCUCCGGCUGUCCUCCUGAUUCUGCUCUCUGUCCUAACAAACUGAAUCUUUGUGUUGGACGGACAGAACGAGACAUUCGAAGACGUCAGAUUUGACUCUGCGGGACAGUUUCAGUUCUUAUGUUUGAGGGACUAAAUGUUCCGAGGUUCCGUCAAGUUCUGUCAGAUCCUGUCAGAUCCUGUCAAGUCCUGUCAGGUUCUGUCAGGUCCCGUCAGGUUCUGUCAGGUCCCGUCAGGUCCUGUCAGGUCCCGUCAGGUCCCGUCAGGUUCUGUCAGGUCCUGUCAGGUCCUGUCAGGUCCUGUCGGAACAUAAAAUAACUGAGUCAGGUUCCGUCAGGUCCUGUCAGGUCCUGUCAGGUUCCGUCAGGUUCCGUCAAGUUCUGUGAGGUUCCAUCAGGUCCUGUCAGGUUCUGAGGUUCCGUCAGUUCCUGUCAGUUCCUGUCAGUUCCUGUCAGUUCCUGUCAGGUCCUGUCAGGUCCUGUCAGGUCCUGAGGUUCCGUCAGGUCCUGUCAGGUCCUGUCAGGUCCUGUCAGGUUCUGUCAGGUCCUGUGAGGUUCUGUCAGGUCCUGUCAGGUUCUGUCAGGUCCUGUGAGGUUCUGUCAGGUCCUGUCAGGUUCUGUCAGGUCCUGUGAGGUUCCGUCAGGUCCUGUCAGGUCCUGUCAGGUCCUGUCAGGUCCUGUCAGGUUCUGUCAGGUCCUGUCAGGUCCUGAGGUUCCGUCAGGUCCUGUCAGGUCCUGUCAGGUCCUGUCAGGUCCUGUCAGGUCCUGUCAGGUCCUGAGGUUCCGUCAGGUUCCGUCAGGUUCUGUCAGGUCCUGUGAGGUUCUGUCAGGUCCUGUCAGGUUCUGUCAGGUCCUGUGAGGUUCCGUCAGGUCCUGUCAGGUCCUGUCAGGUCCUGUCAGGUUCUGUCAGGUCCUGUCAGGUCCUGAGGUUCCGUCAGGUCCUGUCAGGUCCUGUCAGGUCCUGAGGUUCCGUCAGGUCCUGUCAGGUCCUGUCAGGUUCUGAGGUUCCAUCAGGUUCUGAGGUUCCAUCAGGUUCCGUCAGGUUCCGUCAGGUUCCGUCAGGUUCUGUCAGGUUCCGUCAGGUCCUGUGAGGUCCUGUCAGGUCCUGUCAGGUUCUGUCAGGUCCUGUGAGGUUCUGUCAGGUUCCGUCAGGUUCCGUCAGGUUCUGUCAGGGCCUGUGAGGUUCUGUCAGGUUCUGUCAGGUCCUGUCAGGUUCUGUCAGGUCCUGUGAGGUUCUGUCAGGUUCCGUCAGGUCCUGUCAGGUCCUGUCAGGUUCCGUCAGGUCCUGUCAGGUCCUGAGGUUCCGUCAGGUCCUGUCAGGUCCUGUCAGGUUCUGAGGUUCCGUCAGGUUCUGAGGUUCCGUCAGGUUCCGUCAGGUUCCGUCAGGUUCUGUGAGGUCCCGUCAGGUCCUGUCAGGUCCUGUCAGGUCCUAUCAGGUUCCGUCAGGUUCUGUGAGGUUCCGUCAGGUUCUCUGGUUUGUUUCUGUGACUGUUGAACCUUCAGAGAGACGUGGAGACAAACAUUCGAUCUGUGAGAAGCAGAAAUAUAAAUCGAGCCUGUGAUGUGGAUCCAGGUAAAACCCUGAACCAGGUGUGACCUUCACCUGCUCGCCCGCCUCACGUUUCAUCAUCAGAGCUCCUCACCGACACCGAUCGAUCCAUCGGCUGAUCAAUCGUUCAGCUCGUAUCAGAAAGUCUCACACAGAAAGAUGAAAGACUGACGUGUGAAUAUUUCAUUAAUAAUUAAUAAUCAAUCAGUUCCUCUGAUGAUCUUUUCGUUUGGAAAUAAAGGUGAAUUUACUGUUUUGUGAACAUUAAAAUCAAGAUAAAGAAUCAAUAAAAGAGUUUAGAGGUCAGUUCAGUUAUUGUCGCUCUGCUGCAGAAACACCAGCUGAUUAUUCUCCUGAUCAAUAAUCUGUUGAUUAUUAAUCAUUUAGUUUAUAAAAUGUUAAACAGUAGAAGAAGUCGGAGGCGACGUCUUUAAAUGUCUCUUUGUUGUCGACCAGAACUCAAAAUAUUCAGUUUGUUAAAAAAAACAAAAAUAAAAUCUUCACAGUAGGAAUCUGAAGUUAUUGAUGAUUUUAAUAAUUCAUCAAUUAAUAAUAAAUAUUUAGUUUUGUGUUUCAGCUGAAGAUGAAACUUUAAUCAAUCAGCCAAUAACGAUUCAGCCCAUAUUGAUAAUUGAUGAAUCAGACGUUAGACAUCAGAAACAUGAAACUAGUGAUCAGAUCAAUAGUUGGUUGUUAUUGAUCUGUAGAGCAAAAUAAAAGAAACCUGCAUUUAAUUGAUUAUUUGAAACAAAUUGACAGACGGUGAAACUGGAGAUGAUCUGAAAUCUGAUCGUUUAUUGAUCAGAUUCAGAUGUUUCUAUAAACUGCAGCUCAGCGUCACUUUAAACACUGAACAUGGCAGGAACUGAUCGUGAUGAUCAGUUAUUGAUCAGCUGAUCAGCCCUGACUCUGACAGGUUGAAGCACAAACUCAACUGAGUUGAUUUUUUUUUUUUUGUUCCAUAUGCUUUUAUUUUGAAGAUAAAAACUCUUAGA